AAAAUAAAAAGGAGUAUCGCAGAUGCUCUUCUUACGAAACGUGCUCUGAGUAAGUGGAUGUGUAUGUUUUCACUGUAUUUGGCUAAAUCAAAAUCAAAUUGUUUAUGAUAACAUGAAUUCCCCAAAACGCUGCCUCCCUGAUCUUCCUAGUGAUGAAGUCAUGUUUGGCCACUGAUAUUUCUCAAUUAUUGUGAUAAGAUAAAUACAUGUUUCAGUAUCUUCCGCAUUAGACGCUGGUCGUUAUAUCCCAAUUCCCAAAAAGCGUUUACUACGGGAUAUGAGAGGUUUAGCUAGUAUGUCGGUCAUUGAAUUGGUAAUAAGAAUAUGUAUUGUGCUCAUAGGAUCUACGUUUGCUGCUAUUAAAAGUCCAUCAGGGAUUACUAUAGUCGGUAACGGAUUUUUGACGAAUGGCGCAACGGUAAUGCUAGGAGAUGCUCUUACAAUGAAAUGUUCAAUGUCAGAGAAUAUAUCAUCGGUUACCUGGAUGAAAAUUGAAGCUUCACUGAACGCCAAAGAAGAGAGUCACGUGUUAAUGAGACUUAUGAAUGACGGUAAAUGUAACUUUUUCAAUAACACUCCGCCAACUGAUGUUUACUUUUCAUGCAUUAGCCCUCGUGUGUUUUCAUGCACAAUAAAACAUACAACUGACGUUGAUAAUGAAGACAUAUGGCGAUGUUGGGCUAGUGUUAAUGGCCGAAACAUGUCUAGCAACGAGAUACAUAUAUACGUUCAUGAUAAUAGGACCUCUAUAUCUUCUAACCAGUCAGUGGAAGUUAACGGCAUCUCUACCGGCAAAUCAGUGACACGUAACGGUGUCUCUUAUGACCGAUCAGUGGAAGUUAACGGCAUCUCUACCGGCCAAUCAGUGACACGUAACGGUGUUUCGUAUGACCAAUCAGUGACAGCUAACGACAACUCAUCUGACCAAUCGUCAAACAUUGUUUAUGUAGCUGUAGGGGGAAGUAUAGUGCUGGGUCUUGUUUUUGGGCUCGUAGUCGGUAUACUGGUUACUCGGUGUGUCAUGCGUCGUCGACAUAGGGAUGCUGCCAACUCUUUCGAAGACAAAACACGUUCGUCAAAAGAUGCACCAGUGGAAAAUAUGUACAUUACAGUUCUCCCGCAAAAAGAAGGCUCUGAACAGAAUUCGAGUGCCAAUGUUGGAAAUGUUAGACGAACGAACACUCACCACAACGAUCAACCGCUUCAUUUGUCGUCAUCAGCCAAUAAAACUUACGAUGACAUGCACCUGCGGACUGAGGGAUGUACCACACAGCUCGACAAUAUUCACAAACGGCAGAAACAUGUCAACUUAAGCCCUUUAUCACCACCUUGUUCAGCGUAUGAAUCACUUUCUCCCGAGUUACGUCGACAUUCAGUUUAUGAUUACAUAAAACCGGAACAAUGCAGCUUGUAAAAUUAGCACCACUACGAAAUGUUAACUGUUUUAAGUGAUGUUUGUGGUUGUUUUUACGAUGUUUUGGUUUAGAUUUAAGCGGCUAGCAUGUACACUGUGUACAUAUGUUGGUAUGCAAAUACCUUGCAGCGGAGCCAAUUAAAACUAAUAUUGAAGGAACAUUUUCACAUUGCAUGAUUUGUACUACUUGUUUUAUGUUCAUAAUACAUAUGUGAAAUGAUGUUUGAUAUUAUUUAGCGAUGUAUGCUUGGUAUUAUUGUGUUGUUGAUUUUCAAUUAAAUAUUCCGUCGAAAUUA